UGUCUGGUCUUCUCAAAGCUCAUUUCAUUCCAACCCCAAACUAAAUCUUUGUUUAAGGAUGUGUUUGGAGAUUGUUGCCAUAGCAAUAGGCAUGCGCCAGUGCAUAAAGACUGAAAAGCGGUAAAGUUAUCUUCUGCUUUGCUGAGGUUGACUGUGACAUGGGAACUAUGUUCUGGGUUUUGUACUGGGUCUUCUGAAUAAAGUUCUACCUUAAUCAUCAUGGGCUGAUGCUGAGGUCAGGUCAGGUGUUGAGGACAGUAUGGAAAAAAAAUGUAAAUAAGAUGAAAGGAUCUUAUCACUGAUAUUUUUAUGUUUUCUGUACCUCUAAGAUCUGUUUUUAUAUUUAUUUGGGAUCAGUAUGAAAUGUUUAACUUUUGUUAGCCAAACAGUUUCCUGGCAAAAUUUGUAUGCCAGGUUUGUUUGUGUUUAGAUAAGAUUUUGGUUUGUAAACUGUCAGAAAAUAUCUCCCAGCCACUUAUCCUGGUCCAGAGCAUGUUAAAUAAAAAUGCCUUGAACAUAAAUUUGUAGCUGGGAGAGUAAAAUUAGGGUUGUUAUAGGUGUGCUGGCAAACAGCAUGCGUGUACGUCAGUGGGCAGCAGGUGGCGCCCUGCAGAGUCACACUCACCGAUGACCUUGUACAGCCGCUGACAUUUUGCUUACUCUGCCCAAUCAGAGAGCGCCAGCCUUUAUCUGGGUGUGUCUGUUGAAGGCUUCACGUUUACAAAGUCACACUGGUUGCCGACGGACACCCUCGGCCUCCAAUCUUGGAGCAGAGCAAACCGAUAUUUGCGUAAUCUCGCCUGCAGCUGAACACGGGCUCCUUGUUUAACGUGGGUUCCAUGGGAAGCAGCACCAGCAGGCUGUACAGUGCCCUCGCCCAGCCGGAGCAGCCGGCGCCGUCCGAUGGGGGCGACGCGGACGACGUGCUGCGGGAGUGCGAGCAGGCGCUGCGCGGCCGCCCCCCCCGGCUGCACCGCCGCUUCAUCACCGUCCAGCCUGAAGCCCCACAGCACCACUCCAUCCGCGUCAUGCAGUGGAACAUUCUGGCCCAAGCCCUCGGCGAAGGCAAGGACAGCUUUGUGCGCUGCCCACCCGACGCUCUGAUCUGGGCGGAGCGCAAGUACCUCAUCCUGGAAGAGAUCCUAACAUACCGGCCGGACAUCGUGUGCCUGCAGGAGGUCGACCAUUACUUCGACACCUUCCAGCCAGUACUGGGCAGACUGGGAUACCACUGCACCUUCCAGCCCAAGCCACGCUCGCCCUGCCUGGACGUGGAGCACAACAACGGCCCCGACGGCUGCUCCCUCUUCGUCCGCCGCGACCGCUUCGAGCUGGCGGGAAGCGUGGGGUUGCAGUUGGCUGCCUCAGCGCUCGACACCAACCAGGUGGCCAUCAUGCAGACGCUGCGGUGCCGAGCGACGGGCCGCCGCCUGUGUGUGGCCGUCACGCACCUGAAGGCCUGCUGCGGCUGGGAGCGUCUGCGCAGCGCCCAGGGAGCCCACCUACUGCAGGCGCUGGAGGAGACGGCCCAGGGCACCAGCGUGCCGCUGCUGGUCUGCGGCGACUUCAACGCCGAGCCCUGCGAGGACGUCUACCGCCGCUUCGCCACGUCCGGCCUCAACCUGGACAGCGCCUGCAAGCUGUUGAGCGCAGACGGGCAGACGGAGCCGCCCUACACGACCUGGAAGAUCCGGCCCUCCGGCGAGGUCUGCCACACGCUCGACUACAUCUGGUACUCGCGGCACGCCCUGCGUGUGGACUCCGUCCUGGAUCUCCCCACGGAGGCGCAGAUCGGACCAAACCGCCUGCCUUCCUACAGCUACCCGUCGGACCACCUGUCCCUGGUGUGUGACGUCAGCUUCCGGGAAGAACCCGACCGGCUACUGUAGGUCCCUAAGGACCGGGUCGGAGAACCCGGCCGAACUAUUUAUUACCUUCAAACUGCACAAGUCGACCAAAACUAACUUAUUUCUUUUUUUUAUUCGUUGAAAGCUGUUUUGUUUGUGCUGCUCUGAAGUCUUAGUAGAGUGGGGCCCAAGGCUUGUCACUGAAAAGGUCUCAGUUAUUGUGUUGCCAUUUCAGACCUGAUCCUCUUACUGUCAGAACAGUUAAUCCAGUCAGCCAAUAAUGAAACAGCGGUCUCCGGUCCUGGGGACCCACUGUUAUUGGCUGAUUGACAGACCAUCCUGAAAAAACUGCACCCACACCGACCCCCCAUGCUACAGCUUCCCCACCGCUGAUCUAAAGUAACAGGACUGUUUGAGUUUUUGUGCCUUUAUUUUUUUAUCUUAAAAAUUGUUUGUUACAGGUUUUUAUGCAUUGAAGGUGAAAUGCUCUGCAAAUGCUGCAUAACUGGGGUGUGAAUGAAAUAUAUCGCCCCCUGUAACAGGGCCGCCUUUGAUCGUUUUCCUUCACUGUGCUGUUAGGGUAUACUGUAGGAGAGGCUUGGGUAACCCCCUAUUCUGGAGUGCCGUAUUCAGCAAGUUGACGACGAACCGCACCUGAAAACCUGCUGGAUACUGUCACUCCAGGAUCAGAGAAGGCCGGACUGACCGCAGGUCUCUCCUUUGUGGGGUCGGGGUAGAGUAAGCGCACCUGGGAUGUUGGUCGGUAGAUGCGGGACCCAAAGCAGCUGUGGGACCCAAAGCAGCUGUGGCCGUGUGCCAUCAUACUAACCUGUGUUAUAAACUGUCAAAUUUCUAACUGAACAUUUUGUGAAUGCGAUUCCAUGAUAUGCAAAUUCAGCUGCCAUGUGUUGUUCUAGUUCAUUGCAGCUGAAUCCUUAACUUAUUCUGCAUAGACCAGCGGUGGCCAAUCUUAUCCGCAAAGGGCCGGUGUGGAUGCAGGUUUUUGGGAUAACCUGUAGGUCAGCUGUCCAAACCCAGGUGCGAGGACUCUUCAGCCAAUCAGUCCUCUAAUUAGUAAUCUAAUUAGGGAGUUGCAACGAAAACCCGCAUACACACCGUCCUUUUGCGGAUAAGAUAAGCCACCCCUGGCACAGACUUAUGGGUAAUCCUGUUCCCUCGUGGCAAGGGACUGUUACAUGCGUAAGUGCAAUAGUGGUGUUACUUUUCGCUUCCCGAUAAUAAAAUGUUAUGCUUAAUACUGCC